AUUGAACCGCGCGGGACACGCAGAACUGUUGGCGCACGGAGGCGAAAGGAAGUGAGCGUUGUUAGCGCCGUUCCUAAGAAACCGAGGGCGAAUGUGAAGCGACCGUGAUUACAAUAAUCUGAAAAAAAAGGGCAGGGAGGGGAGGGGGAAAGAUCUGGCGGCUAGGCCGGGCCAGGCCUGGGGUUAGAGUGUGAGUGACGGGGGUCAGAGGGUGACUGACGGAGUCAGAGGGUGAAUGACGGAGUCAGAUUGUGAGGCCUUUGACAGGAGGCUUGCAGCAGUGAGGCCCGGGCAGCGGCACUGAGUUAGCGGCCGCCCAUAUGGACAGCGACACGAACCUGGACGAGGAGGUGGACCACUCCUUCUUUGACAGCGACGGCGAGCGGGGUCACCAGGCGGCGGCGGCGGGGAGCAGCAGCAGCCUCGAUCUCUCGGCACGGCCUCCCAGCUCCGGGAAGGGGCCCUGCCCGGGCAGCGCGGCGGCGGCGGCUGAAGACGGAUGGCGCCGCAGGCGGUCAGGCGAGCGCGGCCGAGGCGGAGGUGGAGCGGCGGCGGUGGUCCCCGCCGAGCAAAGGCGGGGGGGCUCCGCUUCUUCCGCGCCGGCCUCCACAUCCGCCUCCCCCUCGCCCACCUCCUCCCCAGAUACCUCCUCACCCCUCUCCUCGUCUCCGGCCAGUGGGAAGGGCACCAGCGAGGCCGCGCCGAAAACAGCGGGCUCUCCCAACGGCUCAGCGGACGAGGGAAAAGUCGGGGGUGAAGGAAAAGAGGAUCCCGAAGCUCGACCCGGUUCGCACAGGAGCCUGCCUGGGAAUCAGAGCUCACAGGUCAGGGCCAGUGAAGCUGCAUAUUCGGAUCCAGAGGAGGACGACUCCAAAUCGGCUUGCUCCUCCUCGUCUUCGUCGGGAGAACAGUCUGUAUGUCUUUCUGCGUCCCUGCGCAAAUCUAAACUUUCCUCAAAAACAAGAAAAGGGCAUCUUAAGGAUUCCUAUCAGGGCAAGAGCCAGGAUGAAGACGCCGAGGGCACAGUGACUGAUGUGACUACUCCCUCCAGCCCGGAGAGCAGUCCUGUUCACACUGUACGCCGAAGUAAGCAUUCAAAAGCAAAAUCCCGGAGAAAAAAGAGCAGUGCGAAACAGGAAAACAUUAGCCAGGAGAUCUACAGCAGUCUGGACACAUUAAGCAUUGAUAGGGACAAGGGGCAAGGGGGUCAAAAGUUCCGAAGACCGAGGCAACAGAAAGAGGCCAAGAAUAACAAUCUACCUUCAAAGUCCGACUCUUUGGAGCUCAAGAAGUUUGAUCAAAGACAUGGCCAGAAGAUCCUCAAUGAUGCUGCUGACCUAAACCAGUUACUGAAAGCUAUGAUGCACUUGGAAAGAAGUGAGCUGCGAAAGAUAGUGGCUGAUUUUCCAAAAAAGAAGUACAAAAAAAAUUACACAUUUAGUAAUGAAGAAGCAAGGCAAAUUGAUCGUGAAAAUCACAGAUUGUUACAAGAAUUGACACGAAAAGCCACAAAACCAACAGCUGUCGCAGCGAAAGCAAUGGUGCCUUCAUCGAUUCGAGUUUAUCACAGCACUUUAAACAGGCAGCGGGAGCAGGAGAGAAUCGAACGAGAAAACUUGGCAUUUCUGAAGAGAUUGGAAGCAGUGAAACCAACUAAAGAGCUGAGGCGUUCUAAUCAAUUGAUGGAUUACCAACGUCAAAUGUCAUUUGUGGAGUCCUCCUAUUCUUCGCAAAGCAGGCCACCAACAAGACUUAGUUCAAGAUCCUCAAGCCGCAAAAAUAUUCAUCCAAUGUCUAACAAAAAUGCCUGAGAUUCACCUAAAUCAUUCAAACUUCUCUGAAUGGCCUAGUCAUAAAUGCUUAACUGAUCUAAGCUUAUUGUUGCUGAUAAGUAACUUGGAUUCUGCGGCUACAUACUGUAUGUUUAAGACUAUUCUUAAACUGUAUUUUAAACAUAAAUUGAACUUCAUUAUUUCUGUCAAACUGAGUUGUGUUUUUAUAAGUAUGCAAUGUGAGUUGAUAUCUGCUAAUACAUUUUGU